GGGGAUCUACGAGUCUUCUCUUCUCCAUUUACCAAACACUAGCUAAUAUACUAUCAAUUAUCAAAUCAAACCCACCAUGAUUAUCAUUGUCCAUUAGCUAGAAACACAACAUGCAUAUAUUUCUGUACUCAUGCCAUGCGAGGUUCAACUUCUAACUCUUAUUAUAUAAGAAUAUAUAUCAACCUCUCUCUUACUACGUACGUCAACACAUAUUCAACUUCUGGCUAGCUCGUUCCUUCUCUCAUCACACUCACACUCACACAUGGCCAAAACCAAAACGAGCCUCUCUCUCUUAAUCUUCGCCAAUCUCAUUGUUCUUUCACUCUCGUCUUCCCAGCUAGACUUGUUCCUCUACGGCGGGUGCACACAGCAAAGGUACACCCCAAACUCCCCAUACGAGCUCAACCUCAACUCGCUCCUCACCUCCCUCGUCAACUCAGCCACCUACUCCUCCUACAACAACUACACCGUUGUAGGUGCUGACGAUGUCGCCUACGGCCUCUACCAGUGCCGCGGUGACAUCUCCAUGCCGGACUGCGCCACCUGCAUCUCCCGCGCGGUCUCUCGUGCUGGAGUCUUGUGUCAGGAGGCGCGCGGUGGCGCAGUCCAGCUCGAGGGAUGCUACGUGAAGUACGACAAUGCCAAGUUCUUGGGGGCCGAAGACAAGACAGUGGUGCUGAGGAAGUGCGGGCCCUCCGCCGGGUACAGCCUCGGCGAGAGGGAUGCGGUUCUGUCCGGGCUCGCGGGCUCGGGCGGGUACUUUCGGGUUGGUGGGGCAGGCGGGUUGACGGGCGUGGCGCAGUGCACCGGGGAUUUGAGCUAUGCGGAGUGCCAGGAUUGCGUUUCGGAGGCUAUCCGCCGGCUGAGGAGCGAGUGCGCUGCUGCGGAUUACGGAGAUAUGUUCUUGGUCAAGUGUUACGCCAGGUACUCCAAUGCUGGGGCCCAUGCUUACACCAAGGCCCAUGGUAAAUCGAACAACAGCGAUGGUGAGAAGACAUUUGCCAUAAUUAUUGGAUUACUAGCAGGUGUAGCUAUACUUGUUAUUUUCCUUGCUUUCGUGAGGAGGAUUUGUGGGGGACAAGGUAAAUAAAUAAAUUAAAAGUUUGUCAACCUCAGUAGCAUCGCAUUGGUCAUGAGCCACUGAACAACUCUCAGCCUUCUCCAUUAAUUGCUUUGCUUUUGGAACCUCUUUUGCUUUCUGUAUCUUGACAACGGCUUAUCUUUUUCCCCUCAAUCUCUUUAAUUAUCUUCAUCUUUAUAUUAUAAAAUUACAUUCAAAUUAAAGAGGAGUUUGAUGAGGAUAUCAUGUUAGAAAAGAAUGCAGGAUGGGGACACUGGUUUAAAUACAAAAGGCAAAAGGAACGAGGAACAAAAGAGAACUAAAAAAGAUUCUGUGUGUGAUGUCUCAUCAUCCUUUCUUGCCAAGAAUUAAUUGUAUCAUUCUUUUGUUUUUUAAAGUAGUAAAAGAUUCCAUCUCCCUUUUUGUGUAUCCUCGAUCGGUAUAUGCUACCAUGAAUUUUUAGGUAUAUCUGAUAUAUAAGAGAAUUUUCGUGUUUUUCUUC